ACACCAAAAACAUACCCCACAGGCCGCUUUCUCUGUCCCAUCAAGAAGACUUUGCCCAUUUUUAUAUCUUUCUCAGAAGGUUCCGUCAUAUUUGUAGAUGGUCAUGAUUACUAAAUAUUCGAAUCAAUCUGCUGAUGAAUUGGACAACUGGAGUCAUAUGAAUUCAGUAUCCAGUAUAUGCUUGAAAUAUUCGAGUAGAUAUCUCACAGUAGAUCCACGAAGUGAGCUGCUACCUAGUUGGAUACAGUGAGAUCCACACAAAAAUCUUAUUUAAUUCGUUCACACGAUUUCCAUAUGCAUAGACCUGUUUAUGUACAAAUAUCCAUUUUCCCUGCCUUGCCACGUAUAUGAGCACGGGUGGGUCACAAAGCUUAUGAGUAAUGGCUGCUCUAUAUUUGCAGACCUCCUUUAUAAUCAUUUGCAUUAUAUGUCGGGUGGUUUCAUCGGCAGCGACACCAUUGCCGCUCAGGUUUAAAAGAAAUGGGAAGUUCAAAAUUUUACAGGUUGCAGACAUGCAUUAUGCAGAUGGGAAAAGCACAAAGUGUUUGGAUGUGUUGCCCUCUCAGUACCCCUCCUGUUCUGACCUCAACACCACUGCUUUUGUUAAUCGAAUGAUUGAAGCAGAGAAGCCGGAUCUUGUUGUUUUUACAGGAGAUAAUAUCUUUGGGCUGGAUACAACAAAUGCUGCGGCUUCUAUCAAGGCAGCCUUUGGAGCAGCAGUAGCAGCGAAACUUCCAUGGGCGGCUGUUUUGGGGAAUCAUGACCAGGAAUCAGCUACUUUAAAUCGGGAAGGAGUGAUGAAGCAUAUUGUGUCUAUGGAUUACACUCUUUCCAAGCUCAACCCUAAAACUAAUAAAAAAAUUGAUGGGUUUGGAAAUUAUAAUUUGGAAGUAAUGGGAGUGGCAGGUUCAGCUCUGAAGGGCAAAAGUGUUCUCAAUCUGUAUUUUGUAGACAGUGGAGACUACUCAACUGAUCCCAAUAUAAGUGGCUAUGGUUGGAUUAAGCCUUCUCAACAAGCCUGGUUCAAAGAAACCUCCGCCAAAUUACGGGAAAAUUAUACAAAUACCCCACUAGCACAAUCUGAGCCUGCUCCAGGACUGGCAUAUUUUCACAUACCUCUUCCAGAAGUAAAUGAACUGGACAGUUCUAACAUCACAGGCAUAAAACAAGAGGACGUAAGCUGUCCAUCAUAUAAUUCUGGAUUUAUGGAAACAAUGGUGGAAGCAGGGGAUGUUAAGGCUGCGUUCACAGGCCAUGAUCAUUUGAAUGAUUUCUGUGGGAAGGUACAGGGAAUCGAAUUGUGUUAUGCAGGUGGAUUUGGAUACCAUGCUUAUGGGAAAGCGGGAUGGGCAAGGAGAAGCAGAGUAGUUCUUGCAUCUCUGGAGAAGGACAGCUAUGGAGGCUGGAAAGGUGUCAAAUCUAUAACUACUUGGAAGCGAUUAGAUGAUAAACUUCUGACAAAAAUUGAUGUUCAGACCUUGUGGACUAAGCCCAUGGAUAAAGAAUCUCUUUUUAAGAUACAAAAUUUAAGAAUUGACAGAGCUAUCUUUAAUGUAUCCUAGUAGUUUAGGAUCAAUUUGUACUAUUUCCACUUGAAGUGUAUGUUCAGCUCAUACCGGACUGUUCUUCACCGUUCUGAUUAAUGAAAACAUGGAUUUUGAAAGGGUUCAGAUCCUUUGAAUAAACAGAAAGACAAUAAAAGAUCAACACGACAAACAACUAAGAGCAAAAUUAACUCUUACAAAUGACCAACCCACAUCGGAGUCGUCUGAUAAAUCGUCUGAUAAAUGCUCAUACUUCACUGUUAUGUCAUGUCUUUACCUCAAUAUUAUCUUUGAAGGAUAAUAUAGAGAAAUAUGCAAUACCCUUCAACCA